AUGUAGUGUGAUAAUUUAAAAAUUUCAGAUAAUUUCUUUGAGAAAUAUCCUGAUCGAGUGUAUUUGAAUAUAAUAGUUAGACCCAUUUUAUUACACAUUAGCUCUACAUCUAAAUUGUAAUUUCAAGAUGGAUCCAAAAUUAAAAAAUAUUUAAUGAGCAAAUCUGAUCAUUUUUACCAUUUCCUUUAAAUUAUAAGAGAAACAUUGCAUGUAAAGAAAUAAGAAGGUUUAUAUUUAUUUAUUAAUAAUUCUGGUUUGAUUUAAGCAGGUACAUUUCAAUUAUAUUUUUAAGAGAGUUAAGUGUGUGAAGUUUAUAAUAAAUUUAAAAGUCUUGAUGGUUUCCUUAGAAUUCAAUUAACAGAAUAUUAAUCAUUUGGAUAAUGA